AGUUAUUAUAUUAAUAUGGCAUAUCAGUUCUAUUUACAAUUCAUAAAAAUGUUUUAACUAGAAGAGUUCACUGAAUAUGUAAAUGGUACUUUUCAUAAUUUUCAUUUAGCAACCUGGAAUUUUUAUGACGGAUGAUUCGUCAGCUGAGAAAGCAGCACUAAAAACAGUUUGGCCGGAAUCUGUUCAGUUACUUUGCCACUUUCAUGUUGCUCAGGCUGAGUGGAGAUGGUUAUUUGCAAAUGGAUCGAAGAUACCCCAACAAGAAAGACCUCGUUUAAUGAGACUUUUUCAAGCUGUCAUGUAUGCAAACACAGUUGAUAAGCUGGAAACAGCUGUUUCCACUUUAUUGCAAGAAGAAGCUGUUUAUCCGAAUUUUGUAAAAAGGUUCAAAAAUUUUUUUACCAGAAAGUCAGAAUGGUUGUUGCUUGACCGCCAAACUUUGAUAACCCGUCAAAACAAUACCAACAACUUCUGUGAGGCAACAAUUAGAAUUUUAAAAGAUGUUGUGUUGUGCCGCACAAAGGCAUAUAAUAUUGUCGCCCUCACAGACUUCUGCAUUUCUGUGUGGAAUUCAUAUCUCAAACAAAAAUUGAUGGCUUUUGCUUACUCCAGGCGAGGUGAAGUUGUACUAUUGUACAACAAUUUAAAUAAAAAAACACAAAGCUUAUCAGAGGAAAAUCUAAAAGAAGAAAGUGAGCACUUGUAUACAGUAAAGUCGGCUGACGGAAAAAACAUUUACACCGUUAAUGUUGAACAUGGUGUUUGUACUUGCGAAGCAGGAGCUUCCGGUGCUUUCUGCAAGCAUCAGUUCUUUGUAAUGAAAACUAAAGGUAUGUCAUUACCUAAUGCACCACCAAUUAGUGCUAAUGACAGAUACAGAUUAGCUAAACUGGCUUUAGGUGCAAAGUCUCCUGAUCCUAGUUUUUUUUAAGGAUUCAACGAAACUAUAGAAGGCAUUAAUAUUAUUGAUAAUGAAAUGCAUGAGGUAAUUCAAUCACCGGAAGAAGUAAAUAAGGAAAAUACUGAUUCUCCUGGUGUCCAAAACGUCUCCUGUGAGGAAAAAAAAUAAUGAAGUUUUGAAAGAGUUGGAACGAUUGGCGGACAUGAUGUCAACAAACAAUAAUGAAAAUGCUGCUACUGCUGCUCUUAGUAUCUUGAAAAGAAUAAAAAAGCCUGAUGAUUUUCAGACUCUCUGUGUUUUGCCAAAUUUGAGGGCAAAAAGAUUGAAAAAAAUCGGUGUUCAGUCUACAUCAAUAUCUAGACGCAGGCUUGGGUUGACAAAAUCAAAAAAACGUGUACCCUCAGGACGACCCUCUAGAAUUCUGAAAAGGGGCAUUUAAAGAAAAAGAUGUUUGCAAGAUAGCAUUGUUAAAAAUCAGCCAAAUGCUAAAUCGCAUGGCUUAUUUCAUUAAUUUUCCUUUCUAAAUAUUUGAUUCAAAAAUUAUUUAGCGACUAUGUAAUAAUCAAAAUUUC